UCAUCUCGUUAGUCUGCAGGCUGAGGCUUGCCAUCAAUGGAACCUUCCCCUUCCUGUUGUUCUGAGGCAGCUGCUUCGGUGACGCCACUGACUCGAAAACAGCUCAAGAAAGUACACUGGGCUCUGGGGCUGACAGGAGAGUAUGACUUAACUGAUUCCUUUCACCAAGCAGAGCCAAAUGAAGACAUGCUCUGUUUGGGGGUAGGAUAGCUCUUAGAUAUAACAAAAUAAAGACAAAAUAAUACCCUACUUACAUUUCAUUGCUUGAUAUAUGUGAUAUUUUCAUGAGAUCCUGACAGAAUGCUAAGGGCACAAAAAACAAGCUAACACAUAUCUAGAGUUACUUCAGCCUGGGGAUAUAAAGGGUUAAAGAUUACAUUUUCAAAACAAACAUCAAGCCGAGAGAACGAGAAAGAGGGAGAGAAAGUGAGUGAGAAAGACUGUAGGUGAAGGUGCCUACAUUGCUAAAGCUGUCAGAUGUGGGCCGGCCUCGGAGGCGUGGUGGCCUACUCCUCCCAGUGUGUAAGCAAGCAGUCGGUUAAGCUUCAGUCUAAAGGUAGAGCUUCAGAACAGAAGAGUGACUCCACUGAACUUAAGGCUGCAUCACUGGUGGACAGGCAGGCUGCAGCAGAGCCGCUGUCAGUUUCCAAGUGUAGGGUCAGUAGGAACACCAUGCCCCCAAGGGCUGCAGCAGGAAGAGACUGGAAGAGGGCUGCCAGAGGCAAAGCAGGAGGCCGGGAGAGAGGGAGGGACCCAGAGGGGCAGCAGAAAGCCUCUCAGCUCACAGACCCGAGGAGAGGCACAUGACUCACCCCUCUUUCACUGGAGCAAGGAACACCACUGACUCUGGAGCGAGAGAAGAAACUCUCCAGACUCAGAAAAGACAACCUCAAGGCUGUUCACAAGAAGACCACAGGACAUAAAAACAGACCUGGGAUCUGACAAUUACUUUAACUAGAUACAUCUUACUCCUGCCAAUGGAUUAACUGAGAGGACUUAUCUUUUUGGAUACUAGCACAGGUAUUGACGGAGUUACUUGCUGUUCUUUUUAAAACGCUGGGCUUUCUGGAAAAGCAAGUUGACGGUGGUAUUUGCAUGAGAGCACCUUAUUAUGCUUAAAAACCAUUGUAAAGAAUGAAAGUGAUGGUGUACUUUUAUGCUUGGGGAUGAGGCUAAAGCUUACCUGGAAAUUACAUAGAUAACAUCAACGGAUGUGUACCCCUGAAAAUAAGGAAACUUAUUUUGUACUCUAUUCUUUGGAAUUAUCUUGUACAAGUGAUCGCUGCUUUCCACAGAAACUUUCCCAUUUUUGUAUUGACAUUCAUCAACACUCCCAUCGUCCAAACCCUACACCACUCCUCCCGAAAGAUGUAUAACAGCACUCUAGAGACUGAUGGCAUCAGUUCUCUGGGCUUGAGCCAAAACAACAUGAGCUGCAUUAAGAGUGAUGGCUUCAAGUACACCAUGUACACCUCAGUAUUCAGCCUGGUCUUCAUAGUCGGGUUGCUCUUCAACAUGGUCGCAGUCUACAUCUUUGCCUGCACCCUGAAGCUGCGCAACGAGACCACCACCUACAUGAUGAACCUGGUGGUGUCCGACCUGCUCUUCGUCCUCACCCUACCCUUCAGGAUCUUCUACUUCAUCAACAGAGACUGGCCGUUCGGCAGGGUGCUCUGCCAGCUCUCUGUCUCCCUCUUCUACACCAACAUGUACGGCAGCAUCCUCUUCCUCACCUGCAUCAGCGUGGACCGCUUCCUGGCCAUCGUCUACCCAUUCCGAUCACAGGCGCUGCGGACAAAACGGAACGCCAAGCUUGCCUGCUGUGCCGUGUGGGUGUUGGUGCUGUCUGGCAGCCUGCCGACGGGCUUCCUCCUGGACACCACCUCGCUCAGAAACGAAAACUCCAAUUCCUCCGUCAACUACUGCUUCGAGAACUUCUCCAACAAGCAGUGGCAGUCCAGUCUGUCCAAGGUGGUGGUCUUUAUUGAGACAGUGGGAUUCCUGAUUCCGUUGUUACUCAACGUCUUCUGCUCGGUCUCGGUCCUCCAAACACUGCGCCAGCCCCAGGCCAUCAGCCGAGGCGGCCAGCUCAACAAGACGAAGAUCCUGAGGAUGAUCGUGGUUCAUCUCCUCAUUUUCUGCUUCUGCUUCAUCCCUUAUAAUGUUAACCUGGUGUUCUAUGCCCUGGUCCGCACCAAGCUCCUGAAAGGCUGCAUUGUGGAGUCAGUGGUGAGGACCAUCUACCCUAUCACCCUCUGCAUUGCGGUCACCAACUGCUGUUUCGACCCAGUCAUCUACUACUUUACAUCUGAGACCAUCCAGAACUCCAUCAAACGGAAGUCGAUGACAGUUCGCAACAAUAGGAUGUCAGUGGGGCUUCAGACGGACACGCUGAAGAGCCAGAGCACCAUGCAGAACAACCUGACGACUCUGAGAGAAAAAGUAUUUCACAAUGAAUCCACUGUGUGACGUCACCACCCGAAGGUGCCACUUUGAUGAGGCAUCAAUAUUUCAGAUGACUCAAUUGUUGGUGCAACACACCCAGAUGAUCUAAAGCAAAAGAUGGGAGAUCGGUGGUCUGGAGUGGAUUCUAUAAGAACCUUGGCAUCACAGGAAGCAAGUGCAGUUGCAUUAAGGGUACCCACUAAGUCCACUGACUCAGCUCUGAGUGUUGUCGUGUUAAGGGCAAUUCCACGGUAACAGUGACACUAACCAGGUUUCCAUUCAAUUGGCGAAAGAUUUAUGCAAAUAUUCGAAACAUCUGCACAAAUAAAAUAUGCGCAUUUUCCCACCAGUGGUGCGUUUCCACCAAACGAACUGGUGGAUAGAUAGAUAUCUCUGUAUUGCCAUACUGCACACAAAAUGUAAUUUCUCUUAAUAUUCAUGAACUGAAUAAAAAUCUAAAAAGUUCAAA